UCCGGGCCGGCGGUGUCCUCUGCCCGCCCCGCCGCCCUCGCCCGCCGCACCAUGCUGCUCGCUCGGGCCCUGCGCGCCGCCGCCGCCCUGCGCCCGCCGCUGCGCCCCCCGCCCCGCCGCCCCCUCUCCUCAUCCUCCUCCUCUCCUCUCCGCGCUCUCCUGCCGCCGCCCGGCGCCGCGCCGCCCCUGGCGCGCUCCCUCUGGCACCUGGGCGGCGGCGGGUGGCGGACGGCGCUGCUCCGCCCGCGGCGGGGAUCGGCCGGCGGCGUCUCCUGCGGCUGCGGCGGCCUCCACACGGAGGGCGACAAAGCCUUCGCGCAGUUCCUGACGGAUGAGAUCAAAGAGGAGAAAAAGAUCCAGAAACACAAAUCUCUGCCCAAGGUCUCCGGCGGGUGGGAGCUGGAAGUCCACGGCACGGAGGCCAAGCUCGUGCGGAAGGUCGCUGGUGAGAAGAUAACAGUCACGUUCAACAUCAACAACAGCAUUCCACCCUCGGCUGAAGAAGAAACACAAGAAGAGCAGAAACCCGAUGAGCAAGAGCCUGAUCUUACAUCAACUCCAAACUUUGUUGUGGAAGUAAUAAAAGAUGAUACAAAACAGACCCUUGUUCUUGACUGCCAUUAUCCCGAAGACGAGGUUGGACAUGAGGGAGAGGAAGAAAGUGAUAUUUUCACAAUUCGGGAGGUCAGUUUUCAGCCCACUGGAGAAUCAGAGUGGAAGGACACCAACUACACCCUCAAUACGGAUUCCCUUGACUGGGCUCUGUAUGAUCAUUUAAUGGAUUUCCUGGCUGAUCGAGGAGUGGACAACACGUUUGCUGAUGAGUUGAUAGAGCUCAGCACCGCACUGGAGCACCAGGAGUACAUUAAAUUCCUUGAAGACCUUAAAAGCUUUGUCAAGUGUCAGUAGGAUAGCCUAGGGAACGGAUCAAGUGUGGAUAUUCCACAGCACUGCUCAGCCAGCAAUACCCAAAUGUAUCUUCACAACAGAUACUGAGAGUAAGUAACUUUGAAUUUGGAAGUGAACAUCAUGGGAGCAUGAGGAUUCUUGCUCGUAUUUGGGGUUUGUAGUUAUGUUGCAGCCCAGAUCAAGUUCGCUAAUGUUACGGUCCUGAAUUGCCUCGCCCUGCUUGGUGGGUUUUGUACAAUUAAGAAUGAACGUGAAGAAUAAAAGCUGUUCAACAUGUCACUGAAAA